CCGCCGGCCACUCUCCCCGGGAGCAGCGUGACCGACACCGACUCCUGCUGGGGGGGCGGUGAGGAGGAGGAGAGGAGGAGGGCGCGCGAGUGGCCGAGCGCGGAUUGGCAUAGCCCAGCACCGGACCGCAGAACCCGAGGGGAGUUUCCUAGGAUGGCAGAAAUGCAGGGGCUCAUGGAAAGACUGGAGCGGGCUGUCGGCCGACUGGAGUUGCUGUCUGCAGGGUCACACAGGCCUCCUGGGGACUGCGGGGAAGUUAACGGUGUCAACGGAGGUGUGGCACCCUCUGUGGAGGCCUUCGAUAAGCUGAUGAACAGCAUGGUGGCUGAGUUUUUAAAGAAGAGUAGGAUCCUGGCUGGUGACGUGGAGACCCACGCAGAAAUGGUGCAUAGUGCUUUCCAGGCCCAGCGAGCUUUCCUUCUGAUGGCCUCUCAGUACCAGCAACCCCAAGAGAACGACGUGGCUGCACUUCUGAAACCAAUAUCGGAAAAGAUUCAGGAGAUCCAGACUUUCAGAGAGAGGAACCGGGGGAGUACGAUGUUUAAUCAUCUCUCAGCCGUCAGCGAAAGCAUUCCUGCCCUUGGGUGGAUAGCCGUGUCCCCCAAACCCGGUCCUUAUGUCAAGGAGAUGAACGACGCGGCCACCUUUUACACUAACAGGGUCUUAAAGGACUACAAACACAGUGAUCUACGCCAUGUGGAUUGGGUGAAGUCAUAUCUGAACAUUUGGAGCGAGCUUCAAGCGUACAUCAAGGAACACCACACCACAGGCCUUACUUGGAGCAAAACAGGUCCGGUCGCAUCAACUGCAUCAGCAUUGUCUGUCCUCUCCCUUGGGCCUGGCCUUCCUCCACCUCCGCCUCCCCCACCUCCUCCAGGGCCACCUCUGCUUUUUGAGAAUGAGGGCAUGAAAGAAGCGUCCUCUCCUUCACGCUCUGCUUUAUUUGCACAACUUAACCAAGGGGAGGCAAUUACGAAAGGACUCCGGCAUGUUACAGAUGACCAGAAGACAUACAAGAAUCCCAACCUACGGGCUCAUGGAGGACAAUCUCCAUCUCCUACGAAAAGCCACACUCCAGGCCCCAAGUCUCCCCAGUCUCAUCCUCCUAAGAAACAUGCUCCUGUGUUAGAGCUGGAAGGGAAGAAAUGGAGAGUGGAAUACCAAGAGGACAGGAAUGACCUUGUGAUUUCAGAGACUGAACUGAGACAGGUGGCUUACGUUUUCAAGUGCGGCAAGUCUACUCUGCAGAUAAAAGGGAAAAUAAAUUCCAUUAUAAUUGACAACUGUAAGAAGUUUGGCCUGGUGUUUGACAAUGUGGUGGGUAUUGUGGAAGUGAUCAACUCCAAGGACAUUCAAAUGCAGGUAAUGGGGAAAGUGCCAACAAUUUCCAUUAAUAAGACAGAAGGCUGCCACAUAUACCUCAGUGAAGAUGCGUUAGACUGUGAGAUUGUGAGUGCCAAGUCAUCUGAAAUGAAUAUACUUAUCCCUCAGGAUGGUGAUUAUAGAGAAUUUCCUGUUCCUGAACAGUUCAAGACAGCCUGGGAUGGAGCCAAGCUAAUCACUGAACCUACAGAAAUCAUGGUUUCCGAGAGACCACCAAAGCCCCUGACCUGAAUCCCCACCCCAACAUGAAAAAAACAAAAACAAAAACAGCAGCAUUAAGGACCUAGAAGUUGCAGUAGCACCUACUGCUUUAGUUUUGGCCUCCAACAAUUCUGUGCUGUAGAAACAGCAUCAUUUCUGGCACACCUCUGAGGGCUUUUGAAAUAUUCAACAUUUCUUCAUGAUUUGCCUUUGUGAUUUGAGUUCCACAUGAUGACUUGUGAGCAUUGCAUAUUUAAAGGGAAAAAAAGAGAGAAUUCUGUUCCCCUCAUAUCAUUUUCACAGUAGCUGAGAGGUAGGGGUACUGCAUGACUCACUUUUAUGCUUAUGUUUAAUUGCUAGUUGAAAAAUAAAACCUUCGAGAAUCUAAGAUGUACAUUUUUAUCUUUUAGACAAUUUCCUUAUAUAUAGUAGUAGCAUGCUCUAAAAAGGUACGAUUUCUGUUUUCUUAUUUUUACCACCUUUAUCAGCAUGAAUACACUGCCAGCCUGAAUACAUAUUUGUUUUAAAAACAUAAAGUUCCAUACUAAGAACCAUAUCCAGUUUCUUGGUCCUUGAAAAGACCUGUAUUCUUUACAGUUACCAAAAACCUAAAGUAAACUCUAAUGAUUCAUCUUAAAUAUUUUUCUGCCAUGUCAUUUGGGAAACUUUUACUUCUCUGUAUAAAGAUUUUUAUGCAAAAACAUUGAUAGGAAGAAGCAGGGUGUUUUUGUUUUGUUUUCUGCUAAUACCUCAGAAUUUUGCUCUAGGAACAAGCUCAGUGGUUGUUUUCCAAUUUUGAACCUGUGAAAUAUCAGAUGCCUUGUAAGUGGUGUCUUUAACGUUUUAUUAUAGACUUUCUUCUUUUCCACUUGCCAGACUUGCUAACCAGUCUCAAAAAUGAAAAUUAAAAAGCCAUAGUUAUAUUACAACUUCUAAAAUCUAAAGCAUUGUUUGUUGGCUUGGCUCGCUGCUCCUGUUUUGUGUUAUUGAUAGUACAUGCUUUUUCCAUAGAAGAGUAACUCUGAUAAUCCUUUUUAUCUUUUUAGUACCUAAUGCUGAAAGCCUGCAACUUCUUGGAUCACUUGUAGUGAAUUCUAGUAUAAUGCUUGCAGACCCUAUACAAGCAUAUAUAUUGUGCCUAUUACAGCCUUUGGAAUACAUCAUUUCUGUUUUUUAAAUAUCUUCUAUAACCAUAUAGUACUCAAAUUACUAAUGCUCGUGUACCACAGUUUUGCUAUAAAAGUUUUUGUCCAAAUGAAUAAUGUUGUGGCUUUAGUAUAAUAUCUUUUUUUCAACAGUAAACUUAUUCUGAAAUAAAGUAAAAUUCUAAUUGUUUAAAUACUGUGAUGAAUUCAGGGUGUUAAAAUUUUUUUCCUCUUUGAUUUGCCCUUUGCUCAUAUGUCAGCUUUGGGAAAGAGAGCUGAGUCUUUCUAGUUGAAUUAGAGAAUUUAUCCAGCAUGCCAUCAGCUUCUCUGAAGAACAGCUUCUUCUAAACAUCAGAUAAAGCCAAAUGUAGUAGGAAGGACUGUCAGAAAAUUUUAGAAUCAAGUUUUUUUUUUAAAUUGAAGUAUAGUUGAUUUGCACUAUUGCAUUCAUUUCAGGUGUACAGCAUAGUGAUUCAGUUAUAUUUUUUGCAGAUUAUAUUCCAUUACAGAUUAUUACAAAAUAUUGACUAUAAUUCCCUAGCCUAUACAAUAAAUCCUCAUUGCUUACCUGUUUUUCAUAUUGUAGUUUGUUGUUCUUGAGUCGCUAAGUCGUGUUCAACUCUUUUGCGACCCCAGGGACUAUUUCCCCCCAAGGCUCCUCUGUCCAUGAAAAGAAACUCUCAAAGGUCAUUAACUAUAGUGGCUUUAUCUCAUUUCUCAUCCACUGAGAAUGUUUUUCCCAGUGAUUUUAUUUACUUAGUUUUAGCUGUGCUGGGUCUCCGUUGUUGCGUGGGCUUUUCUCUAGCUGCUGUGAGCAGAGGCUACUCUCAGUUACAUUGCACUGGCUUCUCACUGUGGUGGCUUCUCUUGUUUCUGCGCACAGGCUCUAGAGUGCACAGGCUUCAGAAGGUGUGCAGGUGGGCUCAGAAGUUGUGGCAUAUGGGCAUAUGUUGCCCCCCGGCGUGUGGGAUCUUCCUGGAUCAGGGAUUGAACCUGUGUCUCCUGCAUUGGCAGGCAGACUCUUUACCACUGAGCCACCAGGGAAGCCCUGAGAUUCUUGAUGCUGCCCUUUUCUCAUUAAACGUCCUUUGAUUUGGUGAUACACAAUAUACUUCUCAGACUCUUGUCCCUUUUAUCUUCCCUUUCCUCUCAAGUGCUCAGCCAUCUCCCUUAACUUCAUCUGUCACCUCUAUCUGUGUAGAUGACUCCUCCAGACUCUUCACUCCAAGUAUCCAGAGAGUAUUUCAGUCUGCCUGUCCCAACUCCACUCAACAAAAGAUGAAUGCAUGUUGCCC